AUGGUCCCCAAUCUCCCGCUCGUCUUGGUCCUCUGCUUUCUCUUCGUACAGCACGCUUCAGCACUGUGGCCCAUUCCGAGCUCCCUGUCGUCCGGAACCGCGGCGGUCAAGCUGUCUCCGAGCUUCGCGAUCCACCUUGACGUCGCCCAUCCACCUGCAGAUCUGCUCUCAGCUAUCUCGCGUACUCGCUCCCGCCUACACUCCGACACCUUCGAGAGACUGGUCCUGGGACGUGCCUCAGCUGAUGCGCAGGCUAUCAAAAAGGCGCACAUCGUGACCUCGCUCACAGUCGGCCUCCGUCCUGGCUCCCCUGCCAGGAGCAUCGCGGAGGAGACUACGAAGAGCCUCGGGGACAAGGACGAAUCGUACGAGCUCAGCGUCCCCGACGAAGGCCCGAGCGCGACGCUCGUCGCGAAUAGCACGCUGGGGCUGCUUCGCGGCCUCACGACGUUCGAGCAGCUGUGGUACGACAGCGCGGGCACGAAGUACAUGCUGGACGGGCCGCUCCGAGUUGCGGACCAGCCUGCUUUUCCGUACCGCGGGUUCUCCUUUGACACCUCACGCAACUUCUACCCGGUGUCGGACGUUCUCCGUACGCUGGAUGCUAUGUCAUGGGUCAAGUUGAGUGUCCUGUACUGGCACAUCAUCGACAGCCAGAGCUUCCCGUUGGAGGUGGGCGCCUUUCCAGAACUUUCUGCGAAGGGCGCGUACUCGAGCAAGGAGGUGUACUCCCUCGACGACAUACAGCAGAUCAUACAGUAUGCCAACGAACGUGGAAUCGAUGUGAUCAUGGAAAUGGACUCCCCCGGCCAUACCAACGCGAUCUCCGCCGCCCACCCCGAGCACAUCGCCUGCGCCGCCAAGUCCCCCUGGGCGACCUACGCCUCCGAGCCGCCCGCGGGCCAGCUGCGCAUCGCGUCCCCCGCGACGCUCGCCUUCGCGCGCACGCUGUUCGCGUCCGUCGCCGCGACGCUCCCCGGGACGAUGAUGAGCUCCGGGGGCGACGAGGUGAACCUGCCGUGCUGGGCGGAGGACGCGGAGACGGUGGCGGAGCUGGCGCGGCGCGGUAUGACGAUUGGGGAGGCGCUGGAUGAGUUCGUAAAGGGGGUGCAGGGCGUUAUUAGGGAGCAUGGGAAGACGCCGUUUAUCAAGAGCGACAUGGUCCUGACGCACAACGUGCCCAUCUUGAACGAUACCGUUGUAGUGGUCUGGCAAACUUCGGCGGAUGCGGCUUCCGUUGCCGCCAGAGGCCUCCGCAUGAUCCACCAGCCCUCGAACUACUUCUAUCUGGAUUGCGGCGCAGGCGAAUGGAUAGGGAACGACGUUCUUGGAAAUAGCUGGUGCGAUCCGUUCAAGACCUGGCAGAGGGCGUACUCCUUCGAUCCGUACGCCAACCUGACGGCGGAGCAGCAUAGCCUCGUUCUAGGUGGCCAAAUGCCACUCUGGAGCGAACAAUCCUCGCCGGAGAACCUCGACCCCAUCGUAUGGCCGCGUCUUGCGGCGGGUGCCGAGGUCUUUUGGACUGGCGCGACUCUUCCAGACGGCUCGUCUCGCUUCAACGCCAACGUUACGAGCAGUACUCAGGCCCUCGCGCGCCUGAACGAGCUUCGCUACCGCUUCGUCGAUAGGGGUGUCAACGCCAUCGCGCUGCAGCCGAAGUGGUGCGUUUUGAGGCCUGGGGAAUGCGACCUUGAUUCUUAGCGGCGGCGACCCGAGUCCAAGUGAAAACG